AUGCGCCACAAGGAGAUAGUCUAUCAAUGAAGUAGUAAAGGGGGGGGACAUCUGUGACGAAGGAGAAGGAGAGGGAGGUUUUAGCUUAAACCUUUGUGAGAGAGAGAGUUUGGUUUGGUGGGGUUCCCUGCUUUUACUUACUGAAUUCCUGAGGUGACCAAUAACACAGAAGAAGUCAGAAAUGAAGUUCAUCAUCGGCAUCGGAGGGGUGACCAACGGUGGGAAGACAACUUUGACAAAUAGACUGCUAAAGACAUUACCUAACUGUUGUGUGGUGCAUCAGGAUGACUUUUUCAAGAAACCCGAUCAAAUACAAGUCGGGGAGGACGGCUUUAGACAGUGGGAUGUGAUCAGCGCUCUGGACAUGGAAGCGAUGGUGAACACCGUGAAAGGCUGGCAGGAAAACCCCGUCAAGUUCGCGCGUUCGCACGGAGUCAGUCUGUCACCCGAAGCCGAGGAGUCAGACUCAGAGCAGAGAGGGAUCCAUAUUCUUAUCAUUGAGGGGUUCCUCAUCUACAACUAUAAGCCUCUUAUUGAUGUCUAUGACAAGUGUUUCUACAUCUCCAUUCCUUAUGAGGAAUGCAAGCGAAGGAGAAGUACCAGAACAUACACAGUCCCAGACCCCCUCGGCCUGUUCGACGGCCAUGUUUGGCCCAUGUACCUGAAGCACAGGAAGGAGAUGGACAACAACUGCAGCAGAAUAGAAUACCUUGAUGGAACAACAACAAAGGAAGAUAUCUACAAUGCAGUUUAUGAAAGCGUUCAGAACUCCCUGCUGAAUAACUUAUAGCAGGUUGGGUCGACACCAGGUUGUGUAUAGACUUGUAAAUAUCAUUUUGAGUAAACAUAGAACACCAGCUCUGUACUUCUAGCCUGAUUUGUAAAUAGACACAAGUGUAACUUAUUAUGACUGAACAGCAGAAAAAGUGUUUUGUAUAACCAUGUGUAACUUUUUUUUCUAAAAGAUUAGUCACCUCUGGACUACCCAGUGUUUAACACCUGUAACUGAUGUGAAAUUAUAAAGCUGUCACUUGAAACAACUCAAAGAAAACUGAAUGCACCUCA